AGACGCGUUGAGAACGUUUCGAGGUUAUGACGUAAAUGUUGGUUAGCUCAUUGAUGAAUACGCAAAAUUUAGUACUGGUACUGUGUUAAUUCAACUAGAAUGGAUUUCAGUUACUAUGAUAGUGUAAAAUGUAAAAAGUGGCAAGGAAAAAAUUGUGACACAAGUGAUCUGUGUUUUAUGAUUAUCUUUAUAUAUAUUAUCGUGAGUGUAUAGUGGUUACAUAGUGAUCAUUUGUUUGUUUUGUCUUGUGACAUAAUUUUGAAUAUGGAAUCUCGUCAUUUUUGGGAGGAAAACGGACAUGCUGUAAAGUAUGAAAACUACAAUUCGAACGAUGGUUUCGGAAGGACUGCAGGCGAGCAGCUUAACUUCACCGCGCCGUCCGAAGACGAGACAGAGUACCCGUCAGGCGCCUACUUGAAGAAGGGGAAGGUCUCGAGGGCAAGUCACACUGAAUAUGCCCGAUUUAUAUCUCUCUUAUUAAAUGUUAUUUUAUAAUAUACACUAUAGAUACAUCAUCAUAAUUAUUUCAACCCAUCACUAGUCUACUGCUGAAUAUAUGGCUCCACUAAAGAAUACCGUAGAGUACGGUCCUGAGCAACCUGCAUCCGUUGAGUGGGGGCCACCCUACACUUCUUCAGUACACCAGAUGGUAAGAGGCUACUGCAGUUCAUGGACAUCUGCAGUCAACUUCAAACAAAGAAGGCUGCAGGUGUGUUGUCACCUCUGUGUGUGCAGUGCAAAGCACUGCUAUUUACACACAAACAGAAACACUCACGCCUGGGGUAGGCAGAGACUACGGACCACUUCCAUCAGGCACCAUCUUGACACAUCUUUAUCGCCUCCUUUACAUCCAUAUAUCUACGCAUACACGCUCGUCGGUUAAAGGUACUCAAUCUAGCCCAUUUUCAAUAUAUCGCCAAUUUGGUCGAUAAACCUUCGUCUAGGGCGUCCCUUCCCGACUUUGCCGUUCACAUCUGCAACAUAAAUUUUAUUUGUCACUCUUUCCUCGUUCAUUCUUUCUACAUGACCAAACCGCCGAAGCAUUCCUUUCUUAAUCACUGCUAUUUGGCGGCAGAAACAGUAAAGACGGUCACUCGAGAACAUUUAUUUCCCAUCGGUUUGCCACUUUUUUUUUAGUUUUGUUUAUUUAUUUAUGUUUUAAAGUUGAUUUGUAUUUUGAAGCAAUGUAAAUGACAGUGUUUAAAAAGUUUUACCGAAAUCGUAAUAGUUUAAUGCGAAGUCACACGGAGCGUAUUGGAAUGAUUUUGGUUUCGCCAUUUUUUGGCCUAGACGCUAAAUACACUGUAGGGCUAGACAAAACGCUGUAUAUAGCACUGGAAGUAUUAAGUGCAACUAGUAUUGCUGCUUCAGCGUUAUACUUCGCCGAGUACCGAAGCUCACUGAUUUCUAGGUUUAAUGUACGUAUAAAACAAAGAAAAAUAACACAUUGUUACAUAGGAGAUUACAUUGGUGACAUAGGAGAAUCUAUCACUCCGCCUUGUCCCAUGGGAAUUGAAAGAGGCGUUUUUGGCAAAUCCCAGUAACACUCCGUGGCUUCUAAUAUAUGGCAUACAUUUUAUAUACAAGAUGUAAAUAAAAGUCAUACCCGGGCAGGUAACGGAUUGCAACGCCUAAGGUACGUAAUAUAAUGAUGCUAUCAUCAAUACGCCUGCCAGGCGAUGCCGACGACGUGGUGACUUUAGAAAAGGUUUAUAUCCAGCAGUCAACUAUUUUCAUUGAACAGUGGUUAUGCUACAUUGACACUUAAUGCAAACUCGUACUUGAGAAGCUUCAAUCAACAAAUGUAAAUAAUUAAUUAUCUACUGACCACAUAAAUACAAUAAUAAUACAAGAAAUGUAAAUAAUAAAUUGUCUACUAAAGAUAUGUAUGUUUAAAACUUUCCCAUCGUAUUGGACUUCAUCUUGUGUUAAUCAAAUUGAACUUGGAUUUAGUUAUUAUUUUUUAUAGAUAUAGGUUCAAGAACAUACAGUUCAAUCAAUGGUACAUUUUACAUUUAUAUUCUCGAUUAAAAAUCAAAGUGCAGAUUCGUUUUUAUCCAUGAGUAAUAAAAUAGAAUGCUUAGUUAACAAAAGGUUCUUCAGUACUCGCCACUUAUUAUAUAAAACACAGCCGAUGGUUCUGUUUUAAGCUGGUAUACUGUGAGAGCGUAAUCCUUCCCCCAUUUAGCCAACUCAUUAUUGCUGAGUCAAAUUAUAGUUACAGCGUAAUGUACUAUCAAAACUUUUCCAUAAAUAGUAAACCGUUACAUUACACUGUUGACAACUCUUCAGUAGGUGUAAUAAAUUUAGUUGAAUAUUAUAAUUUUUGUUACAUAUCAUAGUAGCUAAUGAAAGCAAACAUAUUAAUCUAUCUUACAUUUACAGCAAGACCCAAUGUCCCACCGGAUAAUAGAGAAGAGACGCCGAGACCGGAUGAAUAAUUGCCUAGCGGACCUCUCUCGCCUUAUUCCGCCAGAGUAUCUGAAGAAAGGCCGCGGAAGAGUGGAGAAAACCGAGAUCAUAGAAAUGGCUAUACGACAUCUAAAGUACUUGCAGGAGCGAAUCAAUGGUUUGUAAGACCCAGUUCUUUUACGAAGUUUAAUUCUUCUCUCUAUUUGAUUAUUUCGAUUUCGGUGCGGUCACAUUUUUUUCGUUAAUAUUAAACACAGUAAUCAAUAGUCUCCAAACUAUUGUUUUCAUUAUAACGCCCAUGAGAUCGGAGGUAGGUGUGCAUUUGUAAAAUAAACGAAUGAUCAUAGAUUACAAUGCAUCCAAACAAAGCCAACAGAUUUGAAUUUAGUAAGUAAUUAAUUUUGAUCUUAUCUGAAUCCCGGCAUCUGUCACCAAGAUUUCGCUAGCUUGUCGUGAAGCGACAAUUAAAAAUAAAAGAAUCUAACCUAACAGCAACAAAACAACAAAAAUACAACAAAAACAAAUAAUAUAUUUAAGAUUUAAAAGAUAUUUACAAUUUUAUAUAGUAAAAUGGGGUAUGAAGAUGAGGAUGGAUGUCGUGAUUUACAAAUUU